ACGGCCCUGGUGGUGCAGUGGGACCACGUCCACCUGCAGGACAACUACAACCUGGGCAGCUUCACCUUCCAGGCCACGCUGCACGACACGGGCCGAAUCGUCUUUGCAUACAAAGAGAUCCCAGUGGAGGUGUCGGAGAUCAGCUCCGUGAAUCACCCGGUGAAGGUGGGCCUGUCUGACGCAUUUGUGGUGAUCCCCGUGGAGGUGUCGGAGAUCAGCUCUGUGAAUCACCCGGUGAAGGUGGGCCUGUCUGAUGCCUUUGUGGUGGUCCACAAGAUCCAGCAAAUACCCAACGUGAGGCGGAGGACCAUCUACGAGUACCACCGGGUGGAGUUGAUUAAGACGAGGAUCACCAACUCCACCGCGUUUGAGAUCCUGCCCUUGCCCACCUGUCUUCAGUUCAGCAGCUGUGGAGCCUGCGUCUCCUCUCAGAUCAACUUCAACUGCAGCUGGUGCCAUCGGCUCAACAGGUGUUCGAGUGGCUUUGACCGCCAUCGGCAGGACUGGGUGGACAACAGCUGCCCGGACGAGACGACGCCCCCGUCUCCCCUCACCACCGCCUCCCCCCCCAAAACGACCCCGCCCAGCGGGGGCGGAGCCUCAGGGGGGGGGGCGCCCCCCACCUCCCACCCGCCCACCAGCGUCCCCACAGAA